CAUGAUCUUUGGCUUCUUAUGUUGUUGACUUUGUGAACGAAGGGCUGCGCCGCAAGUUCUACAAGCUAGCAGCUACGUCCUCGAGAUGUCUGUCGACGCCGAUUCAUCUAUCUCUCCGCCAUUCUCCUUGAGUCGUGCGUAUGUCUCAAUAAUGUUCAGACACCGCAAUCUCAACUCGUCGUGGCUACCGCUAGCUUCAGAUACAUCCAAUCCACAUUCCCCGCCAUUAUCCACAGUCUCGCCAAAUGGUGAAGCUCGCAACCCGGCGACCCCACAAGCGAUGCCAAAUCUCGCGCAAACACAUGUGCCAGUUUCUUCAGCUGCGUAUGCAGUCCCCUUGUCGAUCGCUGGUGCUAUUGUAGUGUUCGCGACCAUCGCAUCCGCGGUACAGCGAAGGAAGCUGCUCGAGGAACGCGCCGAAACGCAGGAAGAGUUCGAGCGCUUCCAGUCCAUGUUCCACCGCGGCGGAGGGUUUCUGCAGAAAUUUAUCAUCAGACGCUUCACCCUGCGCAGGCCGCGAUCAGGCUUGCAUCCGCCGCCUAUGCAACGUGCAUCCAGCAUUCCCGGAAGCGUCGUAGAAGAUAAGGAUCACGAGUCGGUAAACGACGGGAGCGACCACUACACCCGUGUCUACGUACCACACUUCGAUAGGCGUCCCCGUCCUGCCACGAAGGAGCCUUUCUACGUUGCAACAGGUAGAAAGAUAGUCACCGCACAGCACUCCAAGACUAUGCUGCUCCCGCGUGUCCCAUGCCAACCGACACUCAUACCUAACAUGCCUCGCAUCUACAUAUCUCAGCGCCGAGGGACCUCCGUGGCUGGUCGCAACGCUGCUGCCACUGGGAGCGUGGUUGACCAUUAUCUUCUUCCCUCGCCGUGCCCUGCGCAACCUCAUAAACCCACACCUGUUCCCAUGCAACAUGCGCAUGUGCGUAGACAUGCUCCUGGAGCGUCUUCGAUCUUGGCUGCCAAGUACGAUCGCAUGGGCGAUCUAUAUGAGGAGGUGGCGCGGAGGCUCGAAUGAUCGUCUUACUGCUCUAUAAGCUAGGCAGGUCGUGCUCCGCUUCGCCUUUAUCUAGUGCAACUAUACCUGGCAUACAAAUUUGAUCGAGGUUAAAGGCCAUAGCACCUUAAAGCGCCCGAUCGCUCCCUGAGGGCCCUAGUCUGUUACCCAAGGUGUGUACAGU